CAGUAAGCGAGAAAUUUUUUUGUUUUAAGGGGAUUGAAUGCGCCGUUUAAAAUAUAUUGUAACGCACGUCGAACUAUACAACCACCCAACAAGUUUUUACUAAUAAAGAUGCGAGGUUUGUCGCGAUCAUUGCAUUGGGCUACUGUUGGGCCGGUUGGCAUUAAAAAAAAACACCAUAAAUUGAUUAACUUUCUCGUUUUUUUCCAGUUUAAAUUACAUUUUUGUAAUUUUUCGAGAACUUGUUUCUAUUACCGGAUUUCUGAAAAGAUAGCGCCAUUCGUCCUCAUAUUAUAAAUCGAAUGCAAAAAAGAAAUUUUAUAUAACUUCAACUGUUAAAAAGUUACGUUGAAAUUAAGAACGCAAUGCAUUCCUUGUUUCAUUCAUCUCAUUCCCACUAAGGAAUAUUAAUAGGGGAGGGAGAAUAGAAUGAUAGACUGUGUUAGGUACUUCGCGCAGGAAAAAAUAUUUUGGCAUUGAGGCGCAUUCAAUCCCCUUAAGGAUUUCUGCCAUACUAUCAGUGAAUGAAACAAAGCUAAGGCUAUUUGCACACACACCGGUUUUGGACGGUCGGUAAAAUAUCGGCCGUCCACAUUUCAACUGUGAACCAUUGGGAUGGCAUGGAGCUUGCACACUAGCCGACCACAGACCAGCACCAGAAAAAAACCGGUGAGCAGCCGGUAUGGCCACUGCGACCGCCGGCACCGGGCCGGUGCCGAGAAUAUAGUGGCGUAUGUAGUCAAGUCAGAGCUUGCACACUCUUCAUUGUUGACCGGCCGAGAGCGUCGUUCUUUCAUUCACUGCGCAGACUUCAGCAUAGGACUACAAUAAUAUAUGAUAGGUAAUUCGGUAGAUACCAAGUAGAUAUCUACAUUUGCAUUGCUUGCAAUGGAUGACGGGAUAGUUAUAGACAAUGAUAUACUUAUUUCGCUAGUGGAAGCAAGACCAGUUCUAUGGGAUAAAAGUUUGGACACAUUUGAGGACAGAAAUGCUAAAAGAAAUGCAUGGAACCAGGACCAAGUUUGCUGCGAACUUAUAGCUGAUUUUGAGGAAUCCAUUUCAACUGGACUACGACAACCAGGCAAAACUGCUCGUUACGGCCGAGCUCCCGAACUCGGAACAGAACCUGAAGACUCUGGUGAGGACAUUGAAGAGACUUGCGAAGAUGUGGAAGACAACCACCUAAACCGACUAACUGUACAAAUGAACAGUCUUUUCCAAAUUAUGUUUUAUGAAAUUCAUCGAGGAAAAAAGGAAACACCUUUAUACACGAUGACUGCUCAUAUAUACGCUAAGUGUAAAAAUUCUAGUAAUGACGUAGCUAAUCGAAAAGGAACUGUAAAAGCCGCGGGACUUAACAAACGAAGCUGUGAACUUACCACGCAACUUCCUUGCCAAAACGUGCAAAAUUACCACAAACCAUUAAAACCUCGCAGUCUACAAGAAGAUUUUCAAGUCGGUGAAUAUAUGAAUAUUGCUAUAUCCAAUUCUGCAGUAACCGAAGCUAAUGCAACGGAAUUUCUUAUAUCGCUUGUACGAUCUGGAAUAACAGAUGAGAAAAAUCCUGUUCCUUCUUGGGCUAGAAUUCAGGCCCUGACCUCCCAGAAGAUCGUUCCACUGAAGAAAGUUGGGUUUUUACCCGUCAUACCGUCUCUAGUCACAAACUAUUCCACAAUAUUCACAGCUCUAAAAAACUUUGAAAAUAUUCGCGCUCAACUUGAGGACCAGUCCACUCUAUCAGUUUUCUGUGAUGAUGCCGAUGAUGGUAUUUUUCACAUUAUUGCAGAAAUUUUGAUGAACAAUCCAGCAUCUUUUUCCUAUGAUGGUUGCCUUUCACAUGACAAAAGUGCCAUUGCGAUGCGCAGGAAGUUAUCUCAGUGGUUGUGGAAUAAAAGAUGGGCUUAUUGA